AUGGCGCCUAAACGGAAGACUGGCGGGCGAGCCCCUUCCAAGGCGUCUCAGCUCAAGAGGAAGCCUUCCUCCGAGACCGGCUCCUCGCCCCUCUCGCCCGUCAGAUCCCUGGAAGCGGAUCCGUCGGGCGGAUAUUCGGUCGCGGGGGUUGUCUCGCAAGCUGGGGAGGACGAAGAAGAAGAUGAGGAUGAGGACGAUGAGGAGGACGAGGAAGAAGACGGAGACGAGGACGAGGACGAUACCAUCACUGCUGGACCCAGCACACUUCCCUCCGCCUCGCUCUUUCGAUAUCCCACACCACCGUCGAACUUCCUUACCCUCUCGGAGCGCGAAAAAUCGUUCAAGAGCGCUCGCUUUCUCGCUUGCCAGUCUGCGAAUUGCGACUGCCAGGAGAUGCUUCCGCCUGCUGGAGCGCAGCUGGGGGCCAUGUCCCGUGCAGAGCUGGAGGAGAUACUGGACCGAGAUGAGGAGGAUGAGGGCGACGAGGAGCGGACAGGAGAGGGAUGGUGGAGGGUAUGUGGGCAGUGUGGACAUGGGUGGGAUGAGGAAGGAGCGGGACAUACCUGGCCUGCGGGCGUGUCUCUGGAGGAGCGGAACAGGAGGGGUAAGGUAGUCGGGCGGAUAGAAGAGUUACUGAAUGAUAAUUCGCUUCUCACCACCUUCCCUACACCCAGAAUACCAGAUACGGAAUCACUCUACAAACAGCUUCAACCCUUCCAUCGGCCCACAGGGGGAAAGAAGCCCGCACUUCCCAACUCACUACCUGCUCUCGACAUUUCCACCCCCGAUUCCCACUCAUUUCUCGACGGUGACGCUGGAACACCAGGCGAAGGCUCAGAUCACGGCGAUGAUCGGCCAAAUAAACGGAGAAGAAUGGAAGAGGAGGAUGGCGGGGAUGAGGUGGCAUUGCCGGAUUCGGCGCAGAAGGGGAAGAAGCCAAGUGGGAAGACGACAGGGAGGAAGGCACGGAUGCCACAGACCGUAGUGAGGUCGGCGAGGGGCCUGGUACCGAUGGAAACGGAGGCAGAUGGGACACAGCAUGUCGGGGGGCAGCUGCCGGAGACUGUACUGCAGGAUGGGCAAGCGGUAGCUGGUGUCAGCGGAGAAGGAGGGGAAGACGAGGAUGAAGAGGAGGUACCGCUCGCUCAGCAGAGACCGCAAUUGGAGGAAGGGGAGAGGAAGCGGAGAGAGAUUGCGAAGGAGAAGGAGAAGGAGAGGGAGGUGGAAGUCUUGCGGAAUCAGCGCAAGGAGGAUGUGGAGAUAUGGGAGGGGGUUGAGCUGCCUAAACUUCCACCUCGACCCGCCGCAGUCGAAGAAGCAGCAGAGGAGAUCCGGCUCGUCGUCGUCGCCUCUCGCAAUCCCACUCCGGUCGCCUCCAUCCUCCUCGUCGGUCUCAAGAACCUAUUCCAGAAGCAAUUACCAAAAAUGCCCCGGGAAUACAUCACGCGUCUUGUGCUCGACAAGAACCACAUCAGCAUGGCUAUCGUCAAGCGGGGAUGGCGCGUUGUUGGCGGGAUCUGUUAUCGCCCUUUCGAGAGUCGAGGAUUUGCCGAGAUCGUCUUUUGCGCUGUAGACAGCUCGGAGCAGAUCAAGGGCUACGGUUCUCACCUCAUGAACUCGCUCAAAGAUCACGUCAAACGCGCCCACCUCAGCAUUAACUAUUUCCUCACGUAUGCCGAUAAUUACGCUGUCGGAUACUUCAAGAAGCAGGGCUUCACGAAGGAGAUCUCAUUUCCUAGGGAACGAUGGGUAGGGUAUAUCAAGGACUAUGAGGGCGGGACGAUCAUGCAGUGUGGGAUGCUGCCAAAGGUGCGGUACUUGGAGGUACAUCAGAUGCUGGCGGAUCAGAAGGCCGCGGUACUAGCGAAAAUCAAAAGCCUUACAAAAAGUCAUGUCGUCCAUCCGGGUCUCGAGGCCUUCAAGCAUCGCAGAGAAGGGCAGCAUCUGAAGCUGAAGAAGGAGGAAGUACCUGGUCUGGCGGAGACUAGCUGGGAUCCUGAUCUGGAUGAUAUUCUUCGGCAGCCGAAGCGGAACCCACACCAUGGUCUCCUGCAGCAAGUGCUGGACGACCUGAUCAACGAGCCGUCCGCAUGGCCAUUCAUCAAGCCAGUAGAUGGUGCUCUCGUGCACGAUUACUAUACUGUCAUCAUACAUCCAAUAGAUCUCUCGACAAUGGAGAGCAAGCUCGAAAACAAUCACUACGACACCAUCGAAUCAUUCAUGGACGACGUCAGGCUCAUGUGCGCCAAUUGCCGACAAUAUAAUGGCGACAAGAACACAUAUACCGCCCAGGCGAACAAGCUCGAAAAGGCGGCUGAGCGGAUAUUGAGAAAGAGGCAGGCGGCGACUGUGUAA